AUGCCUGAAAACCAAGAACCCCAGACUUGGGGAAGCCAAAUCACAUAUGUCCCCGUCCGUCUUGUCAAGGACGUGAACACCUUCAAAGCCGCAUUGAGGGAUCACUAUGGUGAAGGAGUGACGCACCCUAUCAAGAGCUCACAUGGGGAAGAGGCCCAUUAUGAGGUUACGGCACCUCAAGCGAGUACAGGACCCGCGAAUCUGGUGAAGACUCUCCAGGAUGAGGGUGUUCUUAAGGAAGAGGGUGAGAACAACUUAUACGACUUGGCCUUUAAGAAACACUAUAGAACAAUGGCUACUUACGGAACUCAAAUGCACGAUAUCCCCAUUCGACUUAUUGGGGACGAGACUGCUUUCGAGAGAGCUGUAGAGGCCAUUUAUCCCAAUGGUGUCACGUUUACGUAUCAUAGAGCAGGUACCACGACUUCACCAUGGCCGGUCUGUAACGUUCAAGCGAACGCAAGCACUGGACCUGCUGAUCUCGUAAAACAUCUCCAGGAUGCUGAGGUUAUCAUGAAAGAGUGA